AUGGGCAUCCUCGAUCCCGUCCGCAACCGCAGCGGCCACGGCGGCCUCAUCGGUGGCCUCGCGCGCCUCGUUCUGCGCUUCCUCCAGUUCAUCUUCGCAAUCACCGUCGCAGGCCUCUACGGCGUCGACCUCGCACGCGCCCAUAAGGAUGGCGCUGGAUCGGAUAGCCACUGGGUCUACGCUGAAGUCGUCGCGGGUCUGUCCGCCGUGACCUGUCUGGUGUAUGGACUGCUGUUCUUCCUGCCGAGCGAGAUACUUUUCGGGUGGGAUUGGCUUCUCUUGUAAGGUCUACCAGAUUGCAUGCUCCUGGAGCUUGUGGAUGAAAGCACGCUAACGCUCCCUGUAGUAUCCUCUGGACCGCCCUCUUCGGCCUCUUCGGAGACAUCUACAUCCGCGCCCACCCGACGCCCGAACAGCAUGGCCAGUGGCGGAUGAAGCAUGCGGUCUGGAUCGACCUCGUCAACAUGCUGCUCUGGCUCAUCACCGCUCUGUACGCGACAUUCAUCUUCUUCCGGUCGAGGAGCAACAGGACGUUGCACACGGGCCGUGCAAAGGUAUAG